GGCGGUUCCUUCGCCUUCUGCGUUGUUACGUGAAGGUUACAUGUGUAUUUCCAGAACCAUACUACUACCAUGUGACGGGAAUAACUGGAAGGAUAUAAAACACAUACUUACACGUAUAAUUCAGGAGAAAUUAUGCUUUUCCGAGUCUUUGCGUUUAUUAGACGUCGUUAGGAACUUGUUUUAUGGCUCCACUGACCAAAAUGAGCUUACAGACAUUUUGCCUGUUCACAACGCAUAUGUUGGCCUGGGGAAUUUUGUUUACCUUUGUAUGCAUCAAAAAGAGAGGAAACACUUCGAGUCACAUGUAUUCCCGUUUAUUAUCAACUGUAUAGUGAUUAGUGAGCAGUUUGUGUUCAAAUAUAGGUCUUUACAAAGUCUUCAGAAUCAAAAAUGUUGUACGUCACUGCCUUAUGACCUCGCGUCUUCCAUCAUUGCAAGUUCGCUCCUUUGCCUUCUGCCUCUAAACCCUUUAUCCAACCAGUGGCUAGAUGAUGUCAACUUUACAUACGUGCUUCUAAAUAUUUUAAAUAGGUAUGCUUGUGAUCUACUCAAAUUUAUUGUAGUCGAUCCUCCGAACUAGACAAGUUGCGAUGUGUAAUUUCCUAUCUCGACUACUGUCGAUCUUCUAAGCUACUAUCUCUAAAAGGCCUUGUAAUAUCACGUCGUGUCUGGUCACAUUUGGAUCUGCUGAAACACCUGUCAACAGAUCUUGCAACAAAUCAUGACUUUGGGCCAACGUAUGAUCGCUUGAUGAACGCCCUAUCAUCUACUCGCCUUCCAUGUUUAUUAGUUGACAACACAUUAACAAGUGAUCAGAUGGCCUUCAAGGCACAUCUUCCAGUGGUUCAUUUUAUGGGUUCUCGUGUAGGAGGGCAAUUAUUGAGUGGGGGCAUAUCACAAACUGAGCAUUUGUUCUCAAAAUACCCAGAUCUAAUCGCUGUCAUUCCCUUAUGUCCUCGUUUGGGAGAUGGUGAAACUCUGUGGGUGGACCAUGUCCGAGGACCGUUCCUACCUCAAGCUCUUGGGCUUUCUGCGAAAACUGGCUAUCUUUUUGAAAAAGCUGUUAAUUGGAGUCGCUUUAUUUUGUUAAACAGCAAUCAGUAUCCGGCAUGGAUGUCUGAAGUUCAAUAUUCUGCGCAAUGUUUGGUCAAAGAGAUUAUUCUAGUCUCCUCCGGCCUCUUUCCGAACGAAUUAAGGUAUAAUAGUGACCUUAUUCGCCCCAGUCUUUUCAGUCCUUUAUGGUGGGACUAUCUUACUUCCAAACCAGAUGUCCGAUCCCGGUAUGUAACGAACAGAUCAAUCCAACCAAGUAAUCCAUCAAUUUACCCCCGUAAUACUGAAAUGAAAUGGAUACAAACUAAUUCCACUAGUUCUAUGUUAAAAUUUGUUGAUAAAUUCGUUUGCGAAGUUAUGUGUGAUAUUCAAAAUGCCAUAAAAAUGAUCCAAGUCAAUAAAUCAUCUCGUUGUAAUGUAAAGAAACCUGAUUCAUUAUCACAAAGAUCUCAGAAUGCGUAUGAACAUGAAUCAUCAGUCCAGUCCAAUUUGAAUGUAAUAAACUCUCCAUUAAAUACAAGCAAAAUGAAUAACAGACUAUGCAAUAAUGUUGGUCGAUUUGCUACAAAUCGUCCUGAUUCUGGAAAUGUAACCACCUCCAAUUGUUUACCUCAAGUCAACUGUUCUGAACAUGCGGAAGGUGAUAAACCAGUUGUUUAUCAUUAUGCUGAUAACUUAGUAAAAGAACCUGUAGAAUAUAGCCAACAGUUAUCCGUUUUACAUACUCAUCAUUUGUAUACAUAUGUUGAUAAACUAAUUUCUAAUGCAUUCCAAAAUGCCAACAAAUUAAUGAGUUGGUCGAAUCUAAUGUCUAAGCAAAUACUUGAUGAAGUCAAAUAUUCAUGUAUGUCCCGUAAUCAUAAUAAUGGAUCAAAUAUGAUGAAGUCAAUGAUCAGUGAUAUGGCUGUUGAAUUUAAUAAAACAAAUUCUCUCACUAAUGCUGCCGAUAACCGGUUACAUGAAGAUGACUAUAUAGAUGAAAAAUCUCCACAACAUCAAAUAAAUCAACAGAAUGGUUCUUUCGAGUGUGAGAAAAGAUGUCCCACAGACUAUCUAGAUGAAAAACAGUCCCAUCAAAUCCUAAAUAACUGUCCAUCUCCAGAGUUGUUUCAUAAAUUUUCAACAAAUAAUUCUUCAUUAGUUAAGGAUACUAAUGAACAAUACAUGAAGAAACAUUCGAUUAAAUACUCAGAUCAAUUGAUAUCAAGUUGUAUAAAUUCCGAAAAACUCCUGUCUAUACAACCAAACUCCAUUAUGAAUGGUUUACCUCAUGGUUUAAUUUCAGAAAAACUCUUCGAAUUUUCAAAUAGUAUAGCUGUACAAUGUCUUAUUUCAGCAUUCGGGGAAAUUUACAUCCAAAGAAUGUCUUAUCAUUUAAAUCAAAAUCCUUCAAUAAAUACAACUCCUGACUUUAUCAUCAGCAACAAUAAUCAAGAUCCAUCGGAAUUAAAUCAAUACAAUCAUUCGAACAUACGACCUCCAGGUUUAAUAUUAGACUGUGGGCUAGAAGAAUAUUCCUCCAACUAUUACGCAGAUCCACAACUACGUAUUUUAAUCCAAUGGAUAUCAGCUACACUAGUUUAUAAUUCUCCUUGUUCUAAAUUGAGUUAUUUAGGUAGUAAAAUAAAUUCAUUUCCAGAUAAUAAAAAUAAUGAUAAUAGUGAAGUAAACAAAGAAUUAAAAUAUUUCAAAGAUGAAAUUUCCAUGGAACACUCGUGUUCACCUUUGGUUUGUUGUACAAAUGGCAAUUCAAAAUUAAAAGAGCUUCAAACCGUUGUUUCACUGGUAUACAAAGCUUCAUGGACUGCUAAAGAUUUAUUUUGUGCCAUAUUGGAUUAUUUUCAUUAUAGAUCUGAGCAUUUAAAACAUUCAAAUAAUGAUGAUAAUAAUAAUGAUCGUUUUAUUCAAUUACAAAAGAAUAAUCAUGAUACUUAUUAUUCAACUUGUUUCAAUUUUCCAACUAUAUCAACAUCAGAAGAAAAAUCCAAGAGAACCGUUUUAUCUUUAUUUGAUUAUCUCAUUCAACAGUUUCACAAUGUUCAAUAAAUAUUCUUAUUUUUCUUCUUAAAAAAUGUUUCUUUUCAAUUAGUUUUUCAUCAUCGCUUUACACUAAUAUGUAUAUAUAAAUGAUUCGUAAUCAUGAAAUAAUACUCAUCAAGUGGAUACGUUACGUAAUAAUCAUAUAAUAACAUAUCGAUGAUAAACUAGUAUCGAGUAAGUGGAAGAAAGAGGAUUAAUCAUAAUCAAUGUAAUUAUUCGAAAAUCAAGUAGUUGCUACGUUGCAUAAUAUAUAAAAAACGAGAAAAGAAGGAACUAAGAGAAUAUUUUUUGAUAAAUGGUCAGUAUCAUAUUUAUAUAUGUAUAAGUGUAAAGUUAUGAUAAAGAACUAAAUGAAAAGAAAUUUCUUCUUACACUUCGUUCCAUUUUUAUUUACCAAAUGUCAAAAUGGGAAUUUUUAGUAGAUUAAAAAGAAAAAAAAGUUUUUCUCUUUUAUCUUUGAACACAUUGAAUGUGCACAGAUUUCUGAAUAAACUGUAAAAGAUUAUUGAAAAAAAGAAACAAAUUAUGAGUAUUUACAUUUGUUUAUUCAUGUUAAUCAAUUAAUUGUAAUAUUCAUUUUGAUAUGAAUUAUUAUUAUGAUAAUUAAUUCAAAGAGAAGAUUAAUUAAUUUUUAUUAAA